AUGUCGGUCCCGUUCUCCAUCACCACCCUGAGGCUGCCCCCCGGCCUCCGGAACCUGCUGGAAGGGCUGGUGAUGGAGGUGCUGCGUCUGCAGCCCCCUGACAUAGUGGGGUUUGCUGCUCAGUACUUCCAAACGCUGCUGGAGCAGAGAGAGGCCACCUCAGCUGACCCGGUGGUGUGGGGAGCCCAGCUGGAGGAGCUUCAAUCCCAGCCCUUUUCCCAGGAGCCAGGGAAGGACAAGGAGAAGGGCAAGGAGGAGGCUGGUGGUGCUGCACCCACGGAGGGAGCCUGCACGAAGCUGGACGAGGACAUCCUGGAUAUCCCCUUGGACGAUCCCGAUGCCAACGCGGCGGCCGCCAAGAUCCAGGCCAGUUUCCGUGGCCAUAUGACCCGCAAGAAGAUCAAAGGGGGCGAGAUCGACCGGAAAACCAAGGAUACCGAGUGCGCCAACAGCACCCGCGGCGGCGACCUCCGCAACGGCGACUAG